CCACUCCGAUUGACCGACUGAGCUAGCUGCUCUGUUCGCCCUGCUCUGCUCUCCCCAACCAGCACGCACUCGCUUCAUCAGUUGAAUCGCUCGCCAAGUUCCAAGGCUACACACAUCCGCCGAAGAGCGUAGCCAGUACGCAAGAAAGAGAGGCCCGCAAGAGGCGAUCGAGAGAGUCCAAAGCUCUCUCUAUAUAGCUCAUCUAUCCGCUCGCCGGCCGGAGAGAGAUGUCGAGCCGCCGCGGAAGGAUCACCGACGAAGAGAUAACCGAGCUCAUCUCCAAGCUACAGGCGCUCCUCCCGGAGUCAUCCCGCCGCAGAACCGCCAGCCGGUCGUCGGCUUCGAAGCUGCUCAAGGAGACUUGCAGCUAUAUCAAGAACCUCCACCAGGAGGUGGAUGACCUGUCCGAGCGGCUGUCGGAGCUCAUGUCGACGCUGGACGACAACAGCCCCCAGGCCGAGAUCAUCCGGAGCCUUCUCCGUUGAGGCCGGUUAUCCUACCUAUAAGUAGGCUAGUAGCGCUCUCUCUAUAUACAUUAGAUUCAUCGGCCGACGAAGAGUCAAGAGGGAGAUGAGGAUUGAGCAGACAAGAAAAAAGAGAAGAGAAGAUGAUGACAAGAGAGACAUAGCAUUUUUCAGUGUGGCUUUCUUGUUUAUUUUCCUUCCUGAAUGCUCUUCCAUCUCCUGCUAUGUACUGUUGUUUGUUUCUGAGGUAAUCACAAAAGCCCUCGACCAUUUAGAAACAUGUUCGAUGGACAAGUGCACCGGGGUUAGUAGAGGUCGACAUAUAUGAUGAUGCUUCUAUGAGCUGAGUGCACUGCUAGCUAUAUGUACUGUACUGUAGUCCAAUUCCUAGCCUGUAGACGCGUCCUGCUGUAACUGCUCUCAGAUUGAGAUGCAUCCCCUAGCUAGCUAGAGGUGUUGUUUUUGUAGAUCGCUUUUGUCUCUGUUCUCCAAUGGACAAGCUAGCUUAACGACGACCA